AUGGAGUGCCUCAAGACUGAGAUGGAAUGCCUCAAGACUGAGAUGGAGUGCCUCAAGACUGAGAUAGAAUGCCUCAAGACUGAGAUACAAUGCCUCAAGACUGAGAUGGAAUGCCUCACAGCCGAAUCGAAGUUCAUAUCGGUGCUAACUGGUCCACUGCGUUCGGUGAUCGGGCUGACUGACGAGGAAAUCUCGCAGCUCGCUGACUAUUUCCGUACACAAGAUGGCCGCGUACUGUACCACCAGCUCUGCCAAAUUAUACACGGGGAGGAGCAAACGGCAAACGUGGAUGCCGCCGUGAAUGCCCCAGUUGUGGUUGAUUCAAACGAUGAUGGAACAAUCGCCCAGGAACUUGAACUAGAGAAAAUGAGGAGUACAUUGGAAGAGGCGAUUGUGGAAACACGCAGUACGCCUCUCGAAAAUCGACCGGGACUUCCCCGCAUAACUCUAAGCAAGCGAAAUCGGGCUGUCGCGAGGGCUCUGAACCCAAUGCUGGUAACCUAUUUGGAAGCCAGUCGGGACCUAUGCGAGACGGACUCAAUUCUUUUUGGCGCCGCACUGGCAGUCUGCCGUAUUAUAGGCGCCAAACUUUCUACGGCUGGACGCACUACUGGACAAAGUAGUGCUAUCCCAGCCUGGACAAAUGUUAGUUUGUCCCAGCCGGAUAUAAUGCAAAAACUGACGGAGCGCAUAGACGACUUGAAACAGAGAAUCGCUGCUUGGGGAAAGCGGAUUCGGCGAUAUACCGAGAAGUCGACACGGUUCAACCAGAAUCGUCCCUUCCAGAGUGAUCAGAAGAGGCUCUAUAAAUCAUUGGAGCGACCAAUGGUCGCCAAAAAUGAUGGACGUAUAACCUUCGCUCACUUCGCUCGAAUCCUGAACUUCGUGGGUAUCCUAUUGUCUCCUGAGGACUUCAAUCUGUUGGUGCGCCGCUUCAUCAAGGACUCCUAUACCAUCGACUAUGUAGAGUUUCUCAAAGCUUUGGAAGCUGUCAAAAAGGAAGGAAUACAAGGGUUGGGACCGGCGUACCUAAAUCCGAAAGCAGUGAUCGAUACGACCCCACCCAAACUAUCACGGCCGGAGAUAGAAGCCGGACUGCCCAGCACAUUGCUCGGUGUCGAGGUGUUCCAUCCGGCAUUGCGGCAGCCCAAACCCACCCGUGGACUAGUGGACAUCAUGCUUAGAGUGCAGCAGUUCGUGAUGCAGAGACGAAUCCGGGUCUUCGAAUUCUUUAGGGACUUCGACCCCCUCAACAGUGGGUGCAUCAGACCACAACAGUUUCGCCGCGCUCUGGACAUGAUGGGUUUUAACGCCAUACUCUCGGAUACAGAAGCCAUGUGCAUCAUACGGCACUACACCGAUCCCAAUGAUAAAGAACGAGUCUGCUGGAGAACUUUUGAGGAUGACUGUGACCAAGUGUUCACCAUCAAAGAACUGGAAAAGCACCCGGACGUGCAACCAGGGGCGGUUGCAGCGGUAGUAUCAGAACUGCCGGCACCCGGCUCUGCUGUCGAGAGCAACCAGCUCACUGAUCAACAACAGGAACUGGCAGAGGCGGCUUUAUCACGGAUAAGGGCAGCUUGCAAAGAGAGGGCCAUUGAUCUGCGAUCUAUUUUCGGAGAUCACGAUGCACACAAGAAUGGACACGUGGCCCAAACGUGGGUGCGCAGUGCUCUUUCCCGCGUGGACGUCCUGCCGCCGCCGCAGCAAGUACGCGCGCUUGAGAUGCGCUACCUCGACCGAGAUGGCUUCAACUAUCACGCACUACUUCGAGACUUAGAGGAACAAAGGGCAGGAGGUCCAAAUGUGGUCGGGCCGGUCCCCCGAAGCCGCGCUACUUACCGCUCCUCACUCCACGAGACCGACAUCGUGCAGAUCCUCGCCAAGAUCAAGGGAAAGAUGGUGCGUGAAGGGAUCCGACCACGUGAUUUCCUCCAGCAGUUCGACAAGCAGAAUGAGUUGGUGAUCUCUCGCGCGGACUUCUACCGAGGACUGGCGUCAGCUGGACUUUCCCUCACUCCUGUGGAAAUGGAGACGCUCAUGGAAGUAUUCAGUGCACCAGGGCGGCGGAGGUUCGUGGAGUACGACAGGCUGUGCGCGACGGUGGGCGAGGCACUGACGCAGGGCGGGCUGGAGCGCGCGCCUCUGCUGCAGCCGCUUGCGCACGUACCGCCGCCCACCAACACCACCUUCCUCAACUUCGAGGAGCGCAGCGUCGUCUCCAAGGCGAUAGACAAGCUGGCCAAACACCACGACCAAGUGUCGAACAUACUCGAGGUUUUCAAGGUAAGAUUGCGUGUUUAA